AUGGAACAGGUCAUCGAGGGACACCCGCUGGUGUCCAAAGCGCUCGUCGUCAGCCAGGGAACAUUUCAAUUGUCACUUCUUGUCAAGCCAAACUGGAACAAAUGGACAGAGAAUCAGGCUGAAGGCUCACUCAUCAACAAGAUCUGGUUGAGUGUGCAGGAGGCAAAUAUCAUUGCGCCAGGUCAUGGUCGGGUGCUGAAAACGAAGAUUGGCGUAGCCUCCAAAGACAAGCCGUUCAAGAAGACCUCGAAAGGCUCGAUUCAACGCCGACUCGUGAUCAAUGACUAUACGGAGGAGAUCAAUGCGAUCUAUGACCGCCCAGAUAAAGAGUAA